AACAAACAAAAAAAUUGUGCAACUAAAGUGUUUUUCUGACAGGUUUUAGGCCUGCGUGGGAUUUUUUUAAUGCUGUAAAAUUAGGACGUGAAAUUUUUUCAGUUGUUGGAAUAUUUAAAGUAUUUGCUUUUUGUUUUAUAUGGGAUGUAGUUCGCAAUAUCUUUAGCGUUUGUAUUUUCUUUUUCAAUCUUUUACAGCUAAUCACUGGUUAGUAACAUCAAAAACGAUUUCAGACUGAAAUUAAAAACUUCAGGGUGAUUAAAAGUGGUGCUGAAAAGCCAAAAAUGUAGAAAUACAAAUAAAAUGUUUAAAUUAAGGUUUGGAAUUUUGCUGGAAAGUAGAUCUAAUUUGAAGCAGCGCAGGGUGUAAGUUUGUAAAAACAUGCAAAUAUUUUUGACUUUCAUCCAAAAGCAAAAAUUCGCUUUUUUAUUUUUAAAACAAUGUGACAAAAAGGAGCAGAAACGGAGAUAUAAGGAGGAGAUUUACGCAGCGCGCGCUGGGGGAGAAAUGCUUGAACCGGCUCGAGCUGAAUGGACUGGAGCACAAUGCGCGCGAGGCCCACUGCAGCCUCGAGCCCGGUGGGAAGCCCUUGUCUCGUGCAGCACAUGUCUUUUCUCCCACGGUGCGUGGGGAAGGGAGGACGGAAUGUUGUUAAACAAGUCAUCCAAAAAGGGCAAAGAGCGGCCGCGAAGCCCCGCGACAUCAACUUUAAUCGCUUCUUUAAACUCGUGACACCAUUCACGCGCCACGCCGGGUCUAGGGUUUGCAAGAAGGAAAACAAAAGAAAGGAAGAAAGGAAUGCAUCUGGAAGUCAGAUUUAGAUUUAUAAAUUGGUUGUUUGACAUUCGGGGUGAAAUUCGGGUGAGAAAUCCUAAACAGCGUGAAUUAUGUCUGACUUUCGUUGUCCAAAAUGUUUACGCUGAAAUUAUUGGCGCAAUAAUGUCUCCUGGUGCGAGAAGACGUGCUUAACUGCGUCAGAUUUGUCCCCGAAGUGCCAAUAGUCCGAGGGGAAAUCCCCACUUUCUCCUCCGAGAGCGACUCCUCUCUUCUGUCUCCUCUCGGCUCUCCACGGGAUUUCAACGUCACUCACGGCUGCGCGGACGGCUUCACGCUCCAUGUGUCGCCAGUCCCCUGCCACGGCGCGCAUUAAUAUUCCUGUAAGUCUCAGUCAUGAAUAACAAUUACACCGAGCACCGGGGGUAGAGGCGGGAGCGCGGCGCUCACAGUCACUCAGAGCGGCGGCAGCUCCGGGCGCAGGACGGUUCUGCGUGGCCUGCCUGCAGACACUCAGGCUUCGGCUUUCACCUGGAAUGAGUUUGUUUGUCUUCCUCCGACCGAACACGUCCUGGUUUGUGUUAUUUCACUCUGAUCGUGCAUCGGCUGCCAGCACACGUUACAGAUGUUAGUUCAUCCCUACUCCACUGGGGACCGGCAUGACGGUGUCUCAAGCCACAGUUCGCGCCUGUCCCAGCUGGGCUCGGUGUCGCACGCCGGACCUUACUCCAGCGCGCCGCCGCUGUCUCAUGCGCCUUCCUCGGACUUCCAGCCGCCAUACUUCCCUCCGCCAUACCAGCCGCUCGCUCACUACCAGAGCCAGGACCCGUACUCCCACGUCAGCGACCCGUACUCCCUGAACUCGCUCCAUCAGAGCCAGCAGGGCGCAUGGGGCGCGCGUCAGCGGCAGGACGCCGCCGGGGACCGGAUGGAGAGCUCGGCUCUGCUGGCGCAGCCUCGGGCAUCUCUGCCGCAGCUUUCCGGGCUGGACCCACGGCGGGAUUACGGCGGCGUGCGGCGGCCUGACGUGCUGCUGCACUCCGCACAUCCGGGACUGGAGCCCGGCAUGGGAGACGGACUGCUGCACGGCCUGCACGGCAUGGAGGACGUUCAGACCAUCGAAGACGCCAACGGAACCAAUAUCCUGGAUCAAUCGGUAAUUAAGAAAGUCCCCAUGCCCCCCAAGAACGUGGGCUCCCUGAUGCUCGGCAAGGACGGCCUGAUCGGCGGAGUCACCGUCAACAUUAAUGAGGUGUUCUGCUCGGUACCGGGCCGCCUGUCGCUGCUCAGCUCCACCUCCAAGUACAAAGUGACCGUAGGGGAGGUGCAGAGGAGGCUGUCUCCACCUGAGUGCCUCAACGCCUCUCUGCUAGGAGGCGUGCUGAGAAGAGCAAAGUCUAAAAACGGUGGCAAAUGCCUAAGAGAAAAGCUGGAGAAGAUCGGAUUGAAUCUUCCAGCUGGGAGACGUAAAGCGGCCAACGUCACGUUACUAACAUCUCUUGUAGAAGGUGAGGCGGUGCACCUGGCCCGGGAUUUCGGCUACAUCUGCGAGACGGAGUUUCCCACGAAAGCUGUGAGCGAGUACCUGAACCGGCAACAUGCGGACCCCAACGAGCUGCACACGCGGAAAAACAUGCUGCUGGCCACAAAACAGCUGUGUAAGGAGUUCACGGACCUGCUGGCCCAGGACAGGACUCCGCUGGGGAACUCCAGGCCGACCCCCAUCCUGGAACCCGGCAUCCAGAGCUGCCUAUCCCACUUCUCCUUCAUCACACACGGCUUCGGCUCGCCCGCCAUCUGCGCCGCGCUCACCGCCCUGCAGAACUACCUCACCGAGGCUCUCAAAGGACUCGACAAGAUGUUCCUCAACAACCCGCCCAACAGCCGGCACGGGGACGCGGGCGGCAAGGCCGGCGACAAAGAGGAAAAGCAGCGGAAAUGAAGCCGGCGCAGAAAGGGGGAGUGAUGGAGGAGAGGCGGGAGGGAGGCCGACACGCUGACUGAGGCGUUACACCGUUUCUCGUACCUUCUACAGCGCCGCCGCCACCCUGCACACGGCUGAGGUGGAGGACAGGGGAGGCUUGGCGUGGAGGAAGACACCCGUGGGCCAGUGUCUGAACGCACUGAGGGAUUUUUCAUCUGUGUUACGUUCUUCUCAUUCCCCCCCGAGGACCUGGUGGUUCCUGUGUUCCAUCCAUUCUGCUCCCCCCGCCUGCAUCCUGUGAGACUGAGAUGCUGCAAGCAAACGACAUCGUGUCCGUGUGCCUGAGUGUGUGUGAGAGAGAGACUGUGAGAAAGUGUGUGCGCUUGUGUUUGUCUUCACACCGAAACAGAAGAAAAAAAAAAGCGUUGUGGGUUUGGAGAUCCUUUUUUUUUUUGUGCUGCAGCAUCUAUCUGUGAAACAGGCUGGGUAUUUAACGAGACUCCAACGAGGGACGGCGUUAAUUUAUGUGUGUAAAUAUUAAUUUAUAAUUAUUUAAGUUGAUCAAAUAGGUGCGCCAGCUGCUUUGGAGUCGACCUAUUUAAGUGUGAUUUGACCUUUGUGAGCCAGUGGGGAGGGAGAGGACCGGACUCGUUCAGUGUUUUUCUGUUCUUAUAGAGCUGUUGUCAUGGUGAUGAUGAUGAUGAUGAUGAUGAUGAUGGGUAGACAUGCUUCUAAUUGUCCAGUGAUUUCAUUUCUAUCAUAUUGAUAAUAAACCAUGUGUUUUAUAAUGUGA